AUGGCCAUGGACAAAGCCGUCCAUCGCUGCGUGCGUGCAUACAUGACCCAAGGGAUGUGCCAGUGGACUGACAAGCCUCCCAAGCAAAGGGAAUGUCCAUUAGCUGAGCUCAUCAGACCCUGGAAAACAAGCAGCAUCCCCAUCACAGAGCUGGCCACUUUAUCAGAAGCCUUCGGCCAGUUUGUGGAAGCAAAAGCAUGCCACCUCUCAUCUAAUUCCCUCCUACCUCAACAUCUCAGGUCUUUAAAAGCUGUUGAGGCUGCAGGCUUCCACAGCAGCUACUCAUUCACUAUCUUCACAUCACCAUCGUACGGUGCUCUCCACUCAGAGGUUCUUAAGGCUCCUGGACUGAAAAGCAAAGAAGGACAAGUGCUUGCCCACGUCUCAGGUGCUUGCAACAGGACAGACAUGCCUUCUCUUCAGGACAUGCUCACAUUUCUGCUCACCAUACAGCUUCACCUGUAUGGUUGCUACUCCCUCGAUCCUCAAGUUGGACUCAGGAAGAUCUGCCCAUCCUGCCCUGGUUCCAUCGGGAAGGGCCAUGUAGCUGCUCCUCAGUCCAGGGAGGAGAGCACAACCGUGCUAGCACUAGGAGAACCCUGUGGGGUUUACACACUAGCGUGCGGAAGGGGUCUUCGCUGCAUGCCUCCAGAAGGAGACCAAAGCCCCCUUCAGGCACUGCUCCAGGGAAGAGGGGCCUGCAGGAGCAUCAAGACCAGCAUUGAGACCGUCCGACCCACAGAGUCUUGGCCGUCGAUCAGUGACAACAGUGAAAAGGGCCCCUGCCGCAAACUGCUGAACUCUGUCCUCCAAGGAAUUGACCUCACAGCGAUCCAGCGAGACCAAGACAUCUACAUCCCCAACUGUGACAAAAAAGGCUUCUUCAGGAGGAAACAGUGUUGGUCAUCGCGGGGAAUGCAGCGUGGCCAGUGUUGGUGUGUAGAUGAGAAAGGAACCAAAGUUCCGUCACGCACCAGAGAUGACGGUUCUAUUGCCUGCAGUGGUGCUUGAGACACUAGUCUAGAGAUUCAAGUCAAGUCUAAAAGAAAUCACAACACAGGACUUUAAUGGGGAGAUGAUGAGACAGACGGGUGUCUUUAUUGCUUUCUUGCUACACGUUGAACCAGACAGUAAGCCAGGGCUCAUUUUAUGGUCCUAUGAUGCCCUC